AGCUCUUUUCCGUGCACAAGUACGCGAAGAGACUGGCAAGCUGUUUUUGCUGCGUGAGUCAGUCAAUUGCAGCAAAACUGGUAAUGGCGAUGCCUCUUCAUCUGGAGGUGCAGGAGAAGCCCCGACUACGUCUACAGCAGCAAAGAGUAAGAAUAAGAAGAAAAUAAAUACAGCAUGGAACAAAGGUUCAGCCUCCACCACUGUGGGUGUUGAGCAUACUCCCAAAGAGGCGGAAGCGCGGUUCCACACGACCGCCAAGAUCGUGGAACGAUUGCAAGUUGUCCUGUACCUGGAAGAUGCGCUGAAAAUCCUGUAUUCGGCGUUUUUGCAAACCGUAGUGGCAGGAACGAGCGACAACGUCGCGUUUCACAAGCGCAAAUGCGUCACUGUUUUAGCGGAUAUGCUCACGCUGAAACCGGAACAAGAGCACCUGCUCUUGGAGCGCAUAGUCAACAAGUUUGCGGACACCGACGCAAAAAUCUCGUCCCUAGUGCAGCGCCUCCUUGGUGCAGUAACGCAAAAACAGCCGGAGAUGAAGACCGUCGUGGCUAGAGAGGUACUUUCUCACAAGACUUGAUGUUGUUGUAAAUCACGGCAUGGAACUCCUACACUAUUUCUCUAAUCAUGCACGAUUUUCUAACGUGGUCGUUAGAUGAUAAUUAGUGCCAGAAAGUAAGGACUAAGGAGUUCGUUGUUAACGCAGAAACACUGAGCCCUUUCCUGUUAUGUCAUCAACUCUAUCUAUCAUGAUAGUAAUGUCCUCUUCCUCAGUCAUUCUCCGUCACAAUCUUCUAGGUCGAACGCUUUGUGCGCAGUCCGGGAUCACUCUCAACGCGAGCAAAAUACUGCGCGACGUUGUUUCUGACGGAAAUGCCGCUGGAUCGCAGAUUUGAUUUGGCCCUUUCUCUCCAGUUGGUCCUGUUCUACGCGCAUGUUCUAGGACAGGUUUUUGGCGACAGUAAACUCGCUACCAAAGUACUAGCUACAACUACUUCCACCUCCAGUACGUCGUCAAGCACGUCGUCAAGCAAGAAAGGUUCAUCGAAAGGAAGCAACAAGGGUAAAGGGAAGGGAAGCGGCAAAGCUAGUAGCCAAGCUAAUAGUUCGUCCGGAGCGACCACACUAUUGGACGAUUCAGAUAACCGGCUCGUUAGAUGUGUACUGGUGGGGAUUAAGCGUGCUAUUCCGUACCUCUCUCCGGAAGCCGAUAUUGGCAUCUUUAACGAGAUGGUCGAAAGUCUUUUCCGCGUUUGCCACACGGUGUCUGCGUUCUCGACGCGUGUGUCGCUGCUUGGUCUGCUGCGCAAGAUCCUGCUAAAGCAACAGCAGUCUCGGAUCAUGGCACAGAAAAACAAAUCGAGUAUGCCAAAUGGGAAAAAUUCCUCUACACGAGAAGGUGACAAGAAGGAUGAAUCUUCAGAAACUACAAACAAGGAUCAAGAACAAUCAUGUACAGCCACAAGCCAGGAAGAUCGCUACUACCGUCUUGUGUACGAGCAGCUCCGACAUUUCGAGCUUCUCCACACUGGAAACCAGCUAGAAUUGAUGAAUUUACUGCGUGAAAUCGUAAAAGAGGACUCGGACCGGCAACGCAGUGUCGCGAUGUUGAGACGGCUUUUCCAGCUCUCAGCGCAUGUCUACUCGCAGGCACCGGGAGUAUCUGGUCUCCUAAUUGCGCGGGACGCGAGCAACCUCUCGAGAGGAGGCAACUUUGACGAACUUUCGAAGCCUGUUGGUGCCAGUACAUCCACUGAUACUGCUUCUCCUGGUUCACCUGAAAAAAAAUCCGCUACAACAUCGAUAAAAAGCUCGACGUCAUCAUCAAGCACCCCUGGUGGUGCAAAAGAGGACGUUGACAUCAAAAAUGAAUCGUCAAUCGCCGCCCAGAACCAGAAGAAGGGUGAAGAUAGUACUAGUUCUAAAAAAUCGUCAGAACAAGCAGAUUCAACGAGUUCUGCCCUUUCAACGGAUUAUGACUCCAAUAAGAGAGAUCCUCGAUUCGCCAACGCUCUUGGCGCUCUCGUAUGGGAGUUGCACGCAAUGGGCCACCACGUGGAUCCAACUCUCCGUUCCCUCGCGUCCUCUUCGGCGACUUGUCCAUUCGCUAACGGCCUCCAGAUUGGCACAGUCGUCCGUGGAGAUCACAAGCAUUUCCUAGAUACGUACGCUUUGGAGCUAGAUUUGAGAGCAGGAUGGGACACGACUACCUCAACAGGAGGCGGCGCAGGAGGUGCGUCAAAUGUGGACGAGGACGGGAAGAAUGAAGAUGAAAUGGAUCAAGAUGCUCGUGAAAAAGCAGACUCCUCGUCUGAUCAGAAAAAUAAGAAGAAUAAAAGCAAGUCGACCUGCACUGGAGAAGAGCAAGGAGGCGGGAGUUCUUCAUCGCGUUCUUUUGUCGACAUCGCGCGAGCCGAAGUGAAUGGAACGACGCGCAGAGGCGAACAGCUUCUGCCACAUGAGCGGUUCCUGCUCAAAGCAGCGAAGCUUGCUGUUUUAGGUGUCGGUGGCGUCCAAAAGGCUAUGUCGACGGCCUCCAAGAAAAAGACCGCAGAGAGCGCAGACUUCGGUGGUGAGGAUGAAGAGGAGAUAGAUGCCUUCUUCGAUGACUACCUCGAAAAACAGAUGCCACCGGAUGAAGACCCGGAUGCCGAUCCUGAGUGGUCACUGAGUGGCGGACCAGACGACGACGAUGAGGACGAGGACGAUGACAUGAAAGACGACGAUGAGGAAGAAGUACUCGAUGAGAAGGCCGCUGAAGCUUUGAUGUCCGGAACGCAAGAAGAUGACGACGAGGAUGAUGAAGAUGUUGACUCUGAGAAAGCAUCACAGGAGAUGAUGAUGGACGAUGAAGACGCCGAUGACGUAAGCGACCUCGACGAGAACGAUGAGGAUGAGUCUUCAUUUGACCUACCAGAGGACGGCGACGACAGUGAGAUGGAAGAAAUGAAUGCAAAAGCACCUAUGUCAAAGACGCAGCAGAGGAAGGUCGAUCGCAAGAGAAAACGCGACGAAGCAGCCGAAGCAAGACUCGACCCAGAGACCAGAGAUAGGGUGAAAAGAGCGCGCAAACUGAUUAGCAAGUACUCAGGUAGCGCCUUUGCUGAUGCUUCAGAAUUCGAGGAAUUCCUUGACCUCUAGCUCUAGAUAUCAAGGAGAUGAAUCCUUCAUCUUACUGAUCCUUUCCAAGAACCUCUGGAACCUCUAUUGCAAUUGCAAGCGAAAUCAAAAUGUACUAAGUGUAGGUGCUUAGAUGAGUACUAGCUCCUUAUUUAGGAUGAAUGAUAAAGGCGCCAACAUGCUCAUGACCAUGACGAGAGAACAACUAUAGAAAAAAGAAACGACUUUCGGC